AUGGGCAGCGAGGACGUGCUCGUCGAGAUCCACCCCCGCGAGCUCCGCUUCCUCGUUGAGGUGAAGAAGCAGAGUUCAUGUUGUAUCCAUCUUGUUAAUAAGUCAGAUCAAUAUGUCGCAUUCAAGGUUAAAACAACUUCUCCAAAAAAAUAUUGUGUUCGACCAAAUAUAGGAGUUAUUCUUCCAUUGGCAUCACGUGAUUUUACAGAGUGCAAUAAUUGGUGCUUUGCCAUGAUGAAACUUAACAGUCUUGAAAUAAAACUUGAAGAGGCUAUUACUUUGAUUGUAAAAUUGAGGGAAGCAAACACAACUACCAUCCAAGAGCGGGAUAAAUUACGGAAAGAGAUGGGUAGCAUCUGA